CACGCCAAAUUUCUACUUCGUUCAAGCCACCACGAUGAUAUGAAAACGCCAAUGCUAUAGCUUGGAAUCAACCGCUCCCUUACAGUCUUUACAGUUGCCCAGAGCUUCCCACGAUGCCGCCAGCACCUCGAAUUCGUCCCUACAAGGACUUUCUUACGCCUGCCUUGCACAGGAGGUUUGCGACGGCAACGGUGAUCCUUCUUGGCCUUUGUUAUUUAGAGUCUGUCUUCAUUGGAGAAUGGAAUUCUUUGAUCUGGUCGUGGCUCCCAUUUGGACGAGCUGGCAUUCGGACCGGGCUUCUGUUCAUCCCCGCAUUCAUGGUGUUUGUUUUAAGAGUCGCUCAGCUACACGUGGGCAUACGGACAUCGUACUCGGCAUGGUACACGUUUCGAACAUACGCCCUCAGAUAUGAUGUUUUGCAGACUAUAGGGUGGUACUGUCUUUCGGCCUAUCUCUUCAGUGAGAUCUUCAUCUGGUCAGCACCGAAUCGUGCAGAUCUGAAUAGGAUCAAACUCAUACCGAAAACCGAUCGCACGGCGCUGAACGAAAGACCGAUCUAUCUGACGAGCUUCCUCUUCUUCGUUGCCUUGGUCCAGGCAGGCGUCCAUCUUUUCUACGAUUAUGACCGACUCGAUAUGCCGGUUUCGAAAACGGGCGUGGAAGCCUCCUCUGAUCCGAAAUCGCCUUUGGUUGUUCCCCCUACCCAGAAGCUCAAGAAGAAAUUCCCCUUUUUAGUCUUGAGCUCCGCAAAACGUGCCACGGCUCUUGCAGCGCUCGCUCCUUUCAUGUAUUCCAUCGAUUUCGGAAUAUACCCAUACUCGGUUCGACGAUUUGCGUGGGGUUUCACACGCGGUUGGGCAAAGAUAUUCUGGACUCUUCCUAAGUCCAAUUCGCUUCCUUCCACCCGGCCUUUUCACUGGAGCGUCCUUGUACACACCGCCGUCGCAGGCUUCCUCUUAACUUUGCUGUGGGAAUUAGCAAAUGCAGCUUUUACUGCGUAUGUGGCGCAAGAGCCACUCAAGAAUGGAAGGCCUAUCACGUACGAAUCACGAGAUCCAAAUGGAAGUUUGUUAACUGGCUUGAGGGGCAAGAAGCUACAAACGAGGGCUUUCGCCUUCUGGGAGCUUGUUUACAUUGCGGAGCGCUUCGAGGGCCGACGCAAGGCUAUCUUUGAAGAUAUCGACCGGAAAGGGGGGUCUACCUGGUCGCAAGUUCUAGGAAUAUGCCUUGAAGUCAUCACCGGUAUUGACAGUCGAAUCGCCGCGUAUCAAGCACCACAAGUGGUCACAGCAAAACUUGUUACAACACAGAAGCCAGAUGCUAAUUCAACACUGCCUCGAUUAGGUCAACCUUUGAAAGAUGGCCUCAAGCAACCAGGUGACAUCUUUAGUCAGCCACCUAAGCAUGGGUCGGUAGGUGUCCGUAUUGAAGCCGUCGGCAAGUUCGCGAAGGACCAUGGCCAGUCACCACCGGGCGCCCUUUCACCAAAAACUCGGAAACUCCUCGAGAGAGCGGAGGGAGUUAUUCUCACCCAAGAACAGAAGGAGGCUUUGGCCUCUCAGGGGUUUGUGGGUCUCUUCAAAGAUUUGAUCAGUUGGUUUCUGCAAACUGGCUCAGGAAAGCCCUUUCGACAGGAAUACAGAAGAAAGUUGGCAGCCAUUGUACUCGGUCAGCCUUACGGGGAUGUUGGGGUCAUAGUUGAUGCUGUUGAUGCCUUGACCAGAUUCGCAGUAUGCAGUCUCAAGGAAGACAAGUUUGGAAACGUUCAGAGAGAUGUUAAGCUGAUCAUCCGCACGUUUACGACCACUGUCACGAAGCUUGACGGCUUCAAGAAGAGUAUCGGUGUUCAUUGGACUGAUAUUGAGAAGAAGCAGGAGAGUCCGGAAACUGAUACUAUAUUGGUUGCAUUGAGGAGUGGGCUCAACCAGCUCGUGGAGGCCUUUGGAGAUUAUAGUGAGGACUUGAGACUAAGUCAGAGUGAGAUGAGAAUGGCGCGGGAAGCAGCAACUCCUGCGCCUGCCUCUGCGCCUGCGAGACCAGAAAUGGAACAGAGGAAGUAGAUAGACGGUCUUAAGAAAUGAAAAGAACGAUGUCAUUUUCUAAGUCUGGCAGCCCGUUGGACAAAAGUUCCAGGACCCGAUCAAAUUUUC